AUGUCAUCAUUAGAACAAAUUAAUUUAAUCCGUUCAAUAGAAAGACUCGAAUUAAUGGAAAUGUUAGAACAUUUAGAACAUUUAGAAGUAAUGGAAUUAAUGGAAUUAAUGGAAUUAAUGGAUAUAUCGGAUAUAAUGAAAAUGAACGAAUUAAUGGAUAUAAUUGAAUUAAAUGAAAUAAUGGAUAUAAUGGAUGAAGUUGAAAUGUUGGAAAUAUUAGAUAUCAUUGAAAUAUAUUCAAUUAUCAAUUUUUAUUAA